CUCUGAUCAUACAGCUGGGGGGACCCAGACUGGGCUUCCCCUGGGUCUCACCCCACUAUGCACUUGGCCUGAUAUGUGUGUGGGGGGAUCUUCAGUGGGAUGGGGGAAGGAAAUCCCAGAUUGGCGGGGUGGUGUUCGCCCCAGGAGAGACAGUGACUCGGAUGGCAUGGUGGGCCUGAGUCACCUGUGAUGGGGACCCCCCACCCCCGCCGGGGUAUUUUUAGCUACAGGCCUGCUCCUGUCUGGGCCUGAGUGUGAGUCACACACGAAGUGCCUGCCUUUCUGGCUCCAGCCCACCUUCAGAAAAGACAGAGUCCUUUUCUGCCUCUGGGUGGACGGCGGCCCCAGCCAGCACCUCUGGAGGAGUGUAGCCCACCAGGAAAGGCUGGCCUUUCUGGGAAGAAGCUCGUUCUCCUGAAAAUGGGGACUGUGGUGCCCGGCUUUUAUUUCCGUCCUGGGGCUGAAACAUGGAAGAGGCACAGGCAGAUGCAAAGUGCCCGGACUCCAGCAGAGUCAGGGUCCCGCCUUGCCCAGUCGCUCCCUCAGGCUGUUCCCCUGCCCACCCCGUCUCCCUCAGUCUUGCGGGCACCCGGCUCUGUGGCACAAACGCCCAUGCGCCCACACACGUGCACAGAGGCUCACACACGCUGCCCAGACUGUUGAGGACACAGUGGCUGGGCCAGCCUAGCCUCUUAGUGAACCCCUGGGUUGGGGAAGGGCCUCUCUUUAGAGUGGGAGGGGACUCGUUCCCUCCUCCUCAGCUCGGGCCCCUGCUGGAUUCUGAGAAGGCCUAAGAAGCUGCCUUUGCUGCAGAGGCAGAAGAAACACUUUCUCCUCAUCUUUCCAGGCAGAUGCUCAAGGCCAAGCUCUGGAAUUCUCUGAGGGACCUAGCCCCCAAGGACCGGAAUGGGGCAUCUGAUCCUUUUGUCCGAGUGCGCUACCGUGGCCGGACACAGGAGACCUCGAUUGUGAAGAAGUCACGCUAUCCACGCUGGAAUGAGAUAUUCGAGUUUGAGCUGGAGGAGGGGGCCCCAGAGGCACUGUGCGUGGAGGCCUGGGACUGGGACCUUGUCAGCCGCAAUGACUUCCUGGGCAAAGUGGUGUUCAAUGUCCAGAGACUGUGGGCAGUGCAGCAGGAGGAGGGCUGGUUCAGGCUGCAGCCCGACAAGUCCAAGAGUCGGCAGGAAGAGGGCAACCUGGGCUCCUUGCAGCUGGAGGUGCGGCUGCGGGACGAGACAGUUCUGCCCUCCGGCUGCUACCAGCCCCUGGUGCAGCUGCUGUGCCAUGAGGUGAAGCUGGGCACCCAGGGCCCAGGGCAGCUGAUCCCACUCAUUGAGGAGACAACAAGCACCGAGUGCCGCCAGGAUGUGGCCACUAACCUGCUCAAGAUCUUCCUGGGGCAGGGACUGGCUAAAGACUUUCUGGACCUGCUCUUCCAGCUGGAGCUGGGCCGCACCAGUGAGGCCAACACCCUGUUCCGGAGCAACUCUCUGGCCUCAAAGUCCAUGGAGUCUUUUCUGAAGGUGGCUGGGAUGCGGUAUCUGCACAGCGUCCUGGGCCCCAUCAUUGACAAGGUGUUUGAGGAGAAGAAGUAUGUGGAGCUGGACCCCAGCAAAGUGGAGGUCAAGGAUGUAGGGUGCACCGGGCUGCACCGCCCACAGACCGAGGCCGAGGUGCUGGAGCACAGUGCGCAGACGCUCCGCGCCCACUUGGGGGCGCUGCUGAGCGCACUCAGUCGCUCGGUUCGCGCAUGCCCAGCCGUGGUCCGCGCCACCUUCCGCCAGCUCUUUCUACGCGUGCGCGAGCGCUUCCCCAGCACCCAGCACGAGAACGUGCCGUUCAUCGCUGUCACCAGCUUCCUGUGCCUGCGCUUCUUCUCUCCCGCCAUCAUGGCGCCCAAGCUGUUCCACCUGCGGGAGCGGCACGCGGACGCCCGCACCAGCCGCACCCUGCUCCUGCUGGCCAAGGCCGUCCAGAACGUGGGCAACAUGGACACGCCGGCUUCCAGAGCCAAGGAGGCUUGGAUGGAGCCGCUGCAGCCCACCGUGCACCAGGGGGUGGCCCAGCUGAAGGACUUCAUCACCAAGCUGGUGGACAUCGAGGAGAAGGAGGCAGAGCUGGACCUGCAGCGGGCACUGAGUUUGCAGGCACCGCCCUUGAAAGAAGGACCCCUCUUUAUUCACAAGACCAAGGGCAAGGGUCCCCUCAUGUCCUCCUUCAAGAAGCUCCACUUCUCCCUCACCACGGAGGCCCUCAGUUUCGCCAAGACGCCCAACUCCAAGAAAAGCACCCUCAUCAAGUUAUCCAACAUCCGGGCAGCAGAAAAAGUGGAAGAGAAGAGCUUCGGCAGCUCACACGUCAUGCAGGUCAUCUAUACGGACGAUGCAGGCAGGCCCCAGACUGCCUACCUGCAGUGCAAGUGUGUGAAUGAACUGAACCAGUGGCUGUCGGCGCUGCGGAAGGUGAGCAUCAACAACAGUGGCCUGCUGGGCUCCUACCACCCGGGCGUCUUCCGUGGGGACAAGUGGAGCUGCUGUCACCAGAAGGACAAGACAGGGAGAAGCUCCAGGAGCCAAGUGCCAGCAGAGAGACAGACUCUGUGCUCACAGGCCCUGCUGAAGCCACUGAGGACCCACUGGCCCAGCUUCUCCAGGUGCUGCAGGGCCUCCAAGAGGCCCACAGGUCCAGCCCAGCCAGCUCCCCUCCCUUGGAGCCAAACCACCUCCUGGAGCCGCAGACGUGAGACCUGCCCCACACUCCCUCACCAAGCCCCCUGCCAGGUGCUUGGAGACUCCCGGUGUGCUCUCGGCCCUUCACCUGAGUUCCUCUUGCCGGUGUGCAGGGCCUGGGUCUCUCCUGGGCCGGGUGAGUUGGGGGGACCAGGGACAGGGAGGUCCAGAAGUCCUGAGCUGACAAGGCUUUGGCCCGUCAUUGCCCAUCUGAAGUCUCCAGGGCGCUUGGGGAGCCCCUGCUCCUCUGAGGCUGGGCUGGCCCCUGUGGCCCCAGCAGCCAUCACUGCCACUAGUCCAGGCUCUUCAGGGACCCUCCUCUCCCACCCAGCCAGACCCAGCCAAAACCACCGUUGGAUGGCCCACAGCCAGGUGGAUUGACGCUCCUUGGUCCCAGAGAGGCAGGAGGGAACCUGAGGCCCAGGAGACCAGGCCUCCACCUCAGCACCCACUUUGCUCCUGGCCACCCCACCUCGCUCCCCUCAUGGUCUGCUGACUGUCAAGGUGCCCCAUUGCUGCCAAUAAACUGCUGUGACUGCUGGG